AUGGCAGAAGAGCAUGGCACUUCCCAGCCCGAUCCGUCAAGAUCAGCCGCUUCACCCUCUCCACCUCCCCCUGCCUCGGUUCCCCUUACGCCAGGGCCUCGCGCAGCCGUUCUGCAGAAAGUUUUCGACCAGGCGCUUGCACGCACGCUUCGGGCGAACUCGUACGCCAAUUUCUCGGGUUGUUUCCCUACGCCGGCGAAAUAUGUCCCGUCAAGUUUGGAGUCGGUGUGGCGACAGCUGAAUGCGAAAUUGGAAGAGAGCGCUCGAGCGGAAUUCGAAGAUAUCAUUCGCGAGAGGGACGCAGUGCAUCAAUUAAACGAGCUAGAUAGGCUCGUUGGGGAGGCAGUAUAUAGAAGGGACAACGGCCAGGGAGAUGGUGAUGUUGCCGCCCAUACUCUAACGCCAGAUGAACUGUACCGUGCUCAUCUUACACCGUACCUACAGGAGGCUCAGGAAACUUUGAAUUCUAAAAUUGAGUCUACUCAGAACGAAAACGCUGAACUUGCGCAGCGGGUUCAGACGCAGAGGAUGGAAAUCGAGAACCUACUAUCUAGUUUUGACUCUGUGGUGGCGGACCUAGAAGGGGCCGCAGCUGCAGCGACCCAAUUUUGCCAGGACCAUGAUCUCCGUAAAGAGGCUAUUCAAAUGGACGAAGAAGUAAAGGACAACUCGGACAUCUGA